CCGCGCCGUGCGGGAAGUGACGUCCCGCCGCCCCGGAAGGGCGGGCGCUGCGCGGCGCGGCUCAGCCGCCGCAGCCAUGUAGCUGCCGUUAGCGGAGGGCGGCGCGGCCGGCAUGGAGCCCGCCGAGGAGAGCGGCCCCGCGCUGCCCAACCUCACCCCGCGGCACCGGGAGCUCGUCCCCACGCCCUGCGGCCCCAUCAAGCCUUGUUCAGAGCUGUCAUUUCCUGUGAAGAUCUACUUCUGCGUGACUAUUUUGUCUCUGCUCAGUGUUAUAGGGCUGACCAUAGAGACACUCGUUCGACAGACUGAGGAAGAUUUCACCAUUUCUCUUAUACAGUUAGUUGGAGUUGUGUUCUGUGUGUACUAUGUCACUAGAGGAAUCCUGCAGGAGAACCGCCAGGAGCUCAUUGUCUUUGUUCUUUCCAUCCUGCUAGUGAUGUUUCGUUCCAUUAUCAAUUUCACAGUUCUUCCUGCUGAGCAAAAGCCAAAACUCCUGGCCCGCUUCAUUCUCAUCCUCUUGGUUGGCUCCUUUGAUGUCAUCUGUGCCAUCAUCCUUAUUCAGAGUCAAAGCAUGAUGGCCUUUCGAGUGGGUGGUGCUCUAGAAAGCCUACAGUCACAAUACUUCAUGCUGAAUCUCUGUUUUUCCAUGCUGACCUUUGAUCUUCAGGCACAGCUCUGCUUGUGUAUUCUGCUGAUAAGCCUCCACGAGAUCACCCUUCUACAUAACAUCAUUUCAGCAACAGGGAUUCUCUGGGCUUGCCUGAAAGUGACCGUUAGCAUCAUCGCGAUUUUAAAAGAACUGAAGCCUCUAGUGUGGAUUUUUCUCUGUCAGAACGUACCUGAAGUAGUUUUUCUCAUCUACCUGCUUUACACGGUGAUAAAAGAGUGGGGCAGAGGGAAUUCUUACACUUUAGAGGCUGCUUUCAUUACUGGCUCUUGCAUUUCUGUUGCAAUAAAAUCUGUUUUGUUUUGGGCAUUGAUUCACGUCUACCGUGGCUUUGGGCAAGGACUAAGAGAAAGAAUGUUUUCUUCCUAUGGAAGGAUCGACUCCUGAGCAUCCCCUUUGCAUCCUAACUGCAGCUCUUACAGAGUGAAAGCAUAGCUGAGAAGUUCUGAUCAAGUGCAUGCAUUUGGAACGUAAGAUAAUGGCUCUGUUUCACAAAGACAGAAGAAGUUUCUUUGAAAAGCAUCUUCACAUUUCUUAGAUUGUUUCAUGCUAUGGGAUUACAGCAGUGCAGCUGGUAACAGCUUAUAAAGCAAAGUAUGCUCAUGAAAACAAGAAUAAUCCUCUCACGCUCAGUGGGUUCUGCUGACAGGACACUGCAGCUUUCACUCACGUUCCUGAUGUUGCUUUGAGCUGCGGGAGGUUCACAACACACAUGUGAGUGGGGCACAUCGUUAAUAUAAAUGCUCAUUUUGAUGAUGCUCCAACAUAAGAAUUUGCACGCCAGUCUUUACUUAGUGAGGCUGGAAGUGGAGAGCCCUGCCUCCAUUUCUCAGCUCAGACCUGUCACCGAGCAGAGGUCCUAAGAGCUCCACAGUACAUGCUUUCUGUUCUGCAGCUCAUGUAUGACUUCCACGAGCUGUUUAGACAACAGCUGCAUUCUCUGAUAUCCACUGUGUCUGUGUGACUGCUUAUCCCCAACAUGAUAGCUAGAGCUCUUGUUCCUGCCCUGACUUACCAAUACUUCAUGAUAUUUUUUUAAAUCUCAGCUCACAUCAAAUCUACACAAGGUCAUUUCACGCCCUCUAACGUAUCUAACCACUGUGCCAUUUCACAACAACAGGUGACUGUUGUAUUAAGUCUCUACUAUUGCAAUUUAAAAGUUUGGUAUUUUACUGAUUGCAACCUUUAGCUACUGGUUAUGUAUUUUUUAAUAAAGUUUAAACACAG